GCCGCUUCGGAGAUGCUGUUCGUCGCUGCGGCCAGUACACGUUCGUCUUGAACGCGGAGCGCCUCGCGCAUUCCCAUUCGCAGCUUACUCUGCCGAGAGUGAUUUUAUCUUAUCGGGUUUUGCCCGUGUGCACGAUGUCAGCGCGACGCGCGUGACGAGGGAAGCGUGGCCGAGGAACCGCGUCGCGAGUAGUAUGCGAGCCGUCGAAGCGAAAGUUUCCGCAGAUGGAUCGAACGACCCUUUCGCACCCCGAUGCCGGCAAUAAUUUUUAUCCUUUUUCCCUUCCCUUGACAUCGCUCGCGCAAAUUUCACGCCAACGUGCCUCGAUUGUUCCGAUCGUGUGCUACCCUUGCUAAUCGCGUUUAGCGCGCCCGCGCGCGCCUCUGCGAAUACGCCGGACGCCAAUUCGCUCCAACGAACGAUUCGUCGGGAAGCCGGGACAGUAUGUUGGUUGUACAAGCAUUGGAUCUGUAACGCGGUUCCGUAACAGGUGAUACGCUGCCUCCUUACAAGUGCAGUAGCUUGUACGUGAGCCCGCGAUUGUUUACGUGUCAGCGAUUUGACGUGAGCCUGUUCCAUGUGAGCCGACGUCACUCUCUGAUGAUUUGGAUUCGAUUCUCGAAAGUGCCGAACGAAAUCUUGACCGUGUCUCGAACGAGGGGACGAAUUAUUUUGACGUUUCAGCUUCGCGAAUUCAUCCACCACUCGCACUUGUUGCUAAUUCGCUUUCGUGAAUUCUUAACUGGAAGGACAAAUUUUCUCACGUUAGAUGCGAGAGACAUCACACCUGUUUGGCAAACAAUCCCGAAUUCAUUGUCAAGAGACGCGUGGGAGGUCUGCUCUCUAAAUCUGAAUCAGUGAAAUCUUACUGAUUUGCAGUGCUAUACUUAUAACUGUGAUUAUCAGUGGCUAUUUACUUGUUUCUCAGUGAUUCCGAUUAAGAAGUACUCUCACUGACCGGCAUCAGUAUAUUGUCACUAAAUGCACAAGGAAGUGCAUAUAUUACUGACCGAUAUAGUUAUAUCACUGAAAUCAGGCUGUUUGCUGUCUUUCACUGAAUGAUACACUGCUUCCGAUUUAGGGGGUGCAUUCCCUUCGCGCAUUUGCGCAAUUUAGACUGAGAGUGUCAAUAUUUUCACGCUUUUGUCACGGUGAUGCCCACACACCGCGGCGGUACACGGCAAUGCGGAUGUUCCGGUGCAGGAUGCAUGUGCCCGUGUAAUUUGAGUAUGCCGCAAGUUCGGUUGUCGGUCCUCGACAAUCUUUCGAUGGGUCUCACUUCAUAGCGCGCUUUCACGGUGUGCACAAUCGCGGAUCACCUAUUCUCCGUUCAAAAUUGGCAUAUGCAGUUUCCAAUUGGUAUGUGCAGCACUGUAACUGCAAUUAUAGCGUGCAAUUCUGAACUAUUCUCUGUCUAGGAACUGGAGUGGAUCGGGUCGUUUCCGCAGUUUUCGCCGUUAAAAAUAUAUCUCGAUGCAGUUGUGUUUCUUCCGAAAUAAGACUGAUCUGAUUUCUUACAACGCAGUUACGUCAUGAAGAAUACCUGCCGUAUUUUGCCCGAGUAUAUACUAUAACUGCAAUUGCAAUACGCAAUUCUGAACUGUUCUCUGCGCAGAAAUUGGAACGGAUCAAGUUGCUUUCGUCGUUAAAAAUAUCUGGAUGCAGUUGUGUUUCUUCUGAAAUGAGACUGAUCUGAUUUCCUAUAUCGCAGUUACGUCAUGAAUACCUGUCAUAUUUUGCACGUGAUGUAUUUUCUGGAUGUUAACGCAGUUAAUAUAUGUAACUGAAAACGUAUCUUUAUUAACAGAUAUACAUAUAAGUUUCAUUUAUGUAAGAUUCAGCAGAGUUCUUAUCAAGCUGCAAGAAAGAAGGAAUGUCUGGCAAUAUCCGAUUUUAGUAUCUAGGAUAAAAAUCCUAUCUACAAGAGUUUUAACAAUCUGGAGAUUUACUUCUCAUCUUCGUUUACUUUACUUGCUUUCUCAGCGGGUGCACGUGCGCGCUCAAAUAUUUUAUUUUCCCUCCGAAUCAAUUUUCAAAUGACGUAUCGCAAAAUGUGUACCUGUUUUCAAGACGGGAGAUAUUCAGUUCCGAAUAAAUUUCCAUCGUCUAAUACGACGCUGUUGGGCAAUGCGCUGCAAAAUUCCCGAUCCAUCGAAAUGUUUCCGAUUUCAUUAUUUCUAUCUUUCGUUUACAAUUAAUCUUGCCAGAAUCCCGAAUCCUUAUCAUUAGCGGAGAUUUUCGGCGAGAAUACCUUUGGUAUUACCGAUAUUACGUAUGCGAAAUAUCAUGGUUUAUCCUUUCCAUCUGGACAUCAUUUCGUUCAAUAAAAUGGGUGAACGCGAUAUUCUAGCGAACUGUGAGCGGUAAAAUGUAGAUCGGCGCAUUUUUCUUUACGUUUCCCGGACAUUAUUCAGCAACGCAGGCAUCACACAUCUCGUGACUGCUCUCCUUUCUUGAUGAACAACUUUUUAUCGUACAUAUAUAAAGAGAAAGAGAAAAAGAGAAAGAAGAUCUGUUAUAUCGUGCGCGUGUGACAAAUCGAGAUUCGAACGUGUCGUGGCGUGAAACGUUUUGGGAUGAACUGAGCGCAAUGGACAUCCUCGUGUGCGUUUCGUAAUUGGUGUCGGGAAGAUACAAGAUAGGAGAAUAGAGAGGACACACCAGGAGAAUCGACAACGGGGCGGCCGUCGAGAUCGAGAGGGACGAGAGCAAAAUGAGGGCCGCGUUGCUCCUCUUAGGCGGCAUUGUUGUACUGUCGCUCGCGGUGGCGAGGGCUCUCUCAUGUGUGUGCUCGCCGCUGGAGUGCGACGUCCUCACCAACGAGGACUGCCCCGGAGGCCUCACCUGGGACCCCUGCAGGUGUUGCAAAGUAUGCGCGCGUGUGGAAGGCGAGGCUUGCGGCGGCCUCUUCGGUUUUUCGGGAACCUGCGCCGUCGGUCUGCAAUGUGUAAUCGUGAAUCUGCUGCCUCGCAGCCGAGAAAUGGACGAGGGCAUCUGCACGAAAAUCCCGGGCAGAUGGAGGAGGCAUUGUCCACACGGGCCGAUGAUGUCGGGCUCUGGCUGCAAUCUAGUCGGCGAGGGAGUCGCGACGGCCGAGGACGGAAACGCGGCGGUCGCCGGCAAAUGCGUUUGCGGUCCGUCGGUGCCCUGGUGCCCGGGUGAGCCGCGGCCCUACAUGUACAUGACGCGGCACGAGUGCCGGCUCAAUUUGGAGGCGAAAAUUGCUUACGAUGACCUCUAUAAUUCUGGCGACACGCCGAGCAGCACUGCCAUCGAGGGCAUGUCGUUCGGCGAGUCGGCGACGCGGGGCGAUCGAGAACAGGUGGGUGAGAGAGAAGAAUCGAGACGAAACGACGGCGGCGGCUGGAAGGACGACGAGAGGGCCACGAGGAGCACGCGGAUCGCCAGCUGGACAGGUAAAACAGACGAUGUCAACAUUACUUUAAGAUCCAAUCAUGGGUAUUCCGAGUCCAACCGAUUUCUAAUCCCGAAUGUUCCUCCAAAUUCCAAAGGAGCCGCGCACAACUGCCCGCAGGACAGCGUGCCGAACGAGAACGGCGACGGCGGUUGCAAAUGUGCGGAUUGUCUACCCCACAAGUGCCGACCGGGUCAGCAGGCGGUGAUGGUGAGGGGGUCAUAUUCCGGGGCCCCCGGUAACUGCUGCCCGCGCUACAACUGCGUUCCCACAGAUCACCAUCAUCGGAUCGAGUCGUUCUGUCCCGAGGACAGCGUCCUGACGGACGAUGGCAUUUGCAAGUGCGUCCCGACGUGUCCACCGCCCAAGUGCCGACCUGGUCAACGGCCGGUCGAGGUGCGGGCGGCCAAGCCCGAGACACCCGGUAGCUGUUGCCCCCUUCAUGACUGCAGACCCUCAGAUCCGAUCUCUUGGGCGAAGGCUGAAGAGAAACCGCAAAACUGUAUUCACGAGGGCGUCUCGAGGAAACUCGGUGAGGAGUGGAAGCAGAACGACUGUAUCACUUGCAUCUGCAACGAGGAUGGACUCGCGUCCUGCCAAACAACCAUGUGCAAGUCGUGUGAGAAUGCGAUACCACCCGAUCCGGGUGAAUGCUGCCCUCAUUGCCCACCGCCGAUCAACAGUACCUUUGAUCACCACCCUGACGAGUUCUGCAAGACGUCCUUGGAUAACUGCAAGAUGAAAUGCUUCCACGGCUUGCGGAUGGACAAAGAUAACUGCCCGAUCUGCGAGUGCGCCGAUGAUUUGGAGGUCGACCUCGUGCCGGACGUGCUGCCGGAAGAUUACAAAGUUUGCCCGGAACUGCCGCACUGCGGACUGAACUGCGACCUCGUCAAGGACGAGGAGGGCUGCCCGGUGUGCGCCUGUCAGACGCCACCGCGUUAUCCGACGCCGAAUGUCACCGCCCCGGACACCACGAACGACAAAAGAGUCUGCCCCGAGGUCAAGUGCGAUCUUCACUGCGAGCUCGUCAUGGACGAGAAUGACUGCACCUUUUGCGAGUGUAAGCCACCCACCGUCGGCUGUCCGCCGCUUCACGGAUGUAGGAAGAGGUGUAACUUCGGUUACAAGACGAACAAGCGCGGCUGCCCUGUAUGCCGCUGUCGAGUUUCGUGCAUGGAUCAUUUGAACGAGACGCAUCCGGAGGGGUCGACUUGGCAUCUGAACAGCUGCACCACAUGCACUUGCGAGCCUGGUGGACGACUUAAUUGCAAAGAAACCAUCUGUUCGGUGGCCUGUAGUAAUCCAUUGCCACCGAAACCAGGCUUUUGUUGUCCUAUAUGCCCAAUUACAACGACUAAGGAGAACGACAUGAUUAAUCAGAUCACUAGCCGAGGCUGGGGCACAGUGCCGAUUACGUUAAUCGUAGUACUCGCGCUGCUGUGUCUGUUACUGAUAAUCCACGUCGUGCGCAGCCGAUUCCGCGGCCGUCUGUCACCCUCGGAAGCAUCAUAUGCGUCGUAUCCGCCGCAAUAUUACAAGUGUGUGCCCGUGUACGAUACCCCGGUGCAUCGGAACGAGAAGAUCGUACCUUUGUAAAAGACUGUUGAUCCCCAAAGAGAGCGCGACAAGCAAUGUGCGAAAGCAAAUUUUCAAUUUGCCAAGACUGUUUUAUACAUGAUCGUCGACGAGAUUUCACGAAACUUGCGUAACAAUCGCGAUUCAGCGACGUCGAUCGCUAAACUCUUAAAUGGAUCUUUGUAAACUGACAUUAAAAUUAUUUAUCGAUUGACAAAUACUCUCUAGUGUAUAAAAAACUAAAAAAAAAAUGUUUCAAAACUUUUUCUAGAAUUAUAUAAAGAAUGAUGGGUAAAAUAAGUUGAUUUUGAGAUCAGAACAGCAAAUAAAAACGAUAUGAUUUGUGUAGUUUUUGUAUCUGAUUUUAUCUUUCAACAAAUUUUAAUUGGUCAGAAAAGUAUUAAAAUUGGUAUAAAACUAUUAAAUAUCUAGUAUCGUAAAUUAUUAUUGAACUUUAAGAACAUAUUAAUUUGUUUAUUUUAAGCAUAUUGUAUAUUUCUGUAUAUCUAUUAUAUAUUUUGUACUAGUAAAAUAUAAUAAUGCUCUCAUCUUUAAUAGUUCAUGUUCUGCUUGAUUAAGGCAAAUUAAAAAUUUAUAUCUAAGAACACAAAGACAUUUAAGAAAAUUAUUAAUAUCUAAAAACGAAGGUAUUGUUGAUGAGAAUUAUUUUAAAUCUUGACUUGGGAUCUGAUAACAUUCAUCAUGUCUUUUAAGAGAACUUUCACCCAACGUAUUUUUGUAUUGUACUGUAGUAUUUUACUACUAGAAAUUGAAAGAUUCGAGCAAAAAAUAUUUUUAAGCACUACUUUAGACGAAUAGGUUUUUUUUAUUAUGAAUAAUUUGUUUGCAUAUUGAUCGAUUUUCAUUUAUUAUUAUUUAAUUUUAGGGUUGGAAAGUAACUCAUUACUUGUAACAAAGUUACACAAUUACUUUUCUCAGUAACUGUAACUUAACUUCGUUCCUUUCUUUCUAUCUAUAAUUGUAAAUUAACUUAGUUACACUUUUUGUGUAAUUAGUGUUUUGUGUAAAUAAUUUAGUAAUUACUUUUAUAGUUACUUCAAAUUUAUUUGUCUUCAACAUAUAGUUUGUGUUAAGCAAAUUAAAGUGAUAAAUCAUCUUUAAGAACAGCAAUCAUAUAAACAUUAAAGUUGAGACUUUGAAACAAAGCCCGUUAGUUUACAAUUUUAUCAUAAAGUUGAAUUUGGUAACUCCUUUUUAACUGAAAAAUACUGAUCCUAUAAUUUUGAUAAUUUAUUUCAAGUAUAAAUAUUAAUUUAUUAUAAAUUCAGCUAGUAUAUUAAAUAUACUUUGGUUUUAAGAUUUUUAAACAACUGUGAUUCAUUAAUUACACAAACUAAUACAGCAUAUAACCAAGUGUUUAGUAUAAGUAAAUAAUUUAGUAAUGUAAAAAUUUUAAAAAACAUUUUUGUAUUUAGAAUAGUGCAGGACAUAAACAUUAUAUAAAUUAAUAAACAAGUAACUGAAAAGUAUCGUUACUUUAAAUAACUAUAAUUCUCUGUAACGUGUUACAGUUGUUAACUUGUAACUUUUUGAGAAAAGAAAGUUAUCACUGUAACUAGUUACUGCUACAAAGUAACUUUUCUAAUUCUGUACAUUUUACUUCAGUUAUAUAUUUUCAUUAACACAUCGUUCUUAUAAUAGCUUCUUAUAUAUUUAAUAGCUUCAUAAUUUUAAUACUUUUUCGAUAAAUUAAAAUUAUUUAAAAGUCAGAAUGAAAUUCAACAAGUUCAAGUAACUACGAAAAGUAUACUUAUCAUUCCGAGAACCAAAAUCUGCUCAUUCUACCCAUUGUCUCUUAUUAAGUUUAAGUGUCAAAAUUCUAUUAAAUUCAAGCAUAUAGUAAACUUUUCCUAUUCUUGCGAAUGAAAGAAGAUUCCCUUAAGAGUUAAUAGCAGCGAUUGAUUUGCAACUCGUCGAUAAUUUUAGAAGGAAAAUUUAUUGCUAAGCAUACGUACGUGAAACUGCCGUUAACAUCUCGCUAAUUCGAUGUUAAAGUGAAUGCCAGCAGAAGCCGGAGAAUGUUGUGGAAUGUUGCGCACGAUAAUGCAUAAGGAAGUCUCUCUUUGGGUGCGGCUGAAAAUACUUUUAGUAGAUUCAGUAUUAUUUGUAAGCGGCAGUGAAUGUUGUGAACUUUGGAAGGGAGAAAAGGAAAAGGAUAAGCAAAGAGAAAACCGCCAAUUCGCACCAAUCUCGUACUAUGUUUGCCGAAUCCUCUUGAAUCCCUUAACUUAAUAUGAAUACGUUGCGUAACCUGUAAAUUAUAAUAUAAUUAAAAACGUAGCGUAAUUACGAUUAAUUAAUAUAAGAAUAAAUGUAUUAAUGUUAACCCGUGGUAGGACUCUAACUUAAAUGAAAAAUCAUAAAAGAGACAGGUCUACACCGUGUAGUAUUAGUUCCCUUGAUCUCUGGACCAUCAUUAUUAUCUCGUAUUAUAUUAAUGAGUGUUUACACGAAGUAAAAAGUAUUCAUAUUUUUUUGUAUGCGGAUAUUCAAAUUUGCAGCGAUUCGAAGCGAUUAUCGAAUGUAUCUUAUCAAGUAAAAAAUAUUUUGUCUAUUUUUUUUUAUAUUCUUAUAUUACCGAAAUUUUGUUCGACGCGUACUUUCGUUUUUUUUGUGUAUUACUUCAAAAAAAUGUAUCUUUUUGUUUUUUUUCAAGCACUAAUUCCUAAUUUAUCUAAGAUUUAUUUAAAUUGCCUUGCCGCUUUGAGAACAAGUUUAUAGACUUAAUCGUAAAUUAGCUCUUAACAACUGUGUUAUUAGACUGUUCCUAUAUAUAUGUGUAUAUAUAUACAUAUAUAUAUAUAUAUAUAUAUAUAUAUAUAUAUGUUUUAUUUUUUAUUAAUAUAAAUUCUCGUUCUUAUUCAUCGCGAGUUACAACGUGUAAUAUUUAUGUCUGACGAGAAUUCCUGAUUCAGUUGUGACAGGAGUACAGCCACCGCACCUGUAACCGCACCACGCGAGAGAAGAAGGAAGUACAUGUAUAUAUACCGUAAAAGUUUAGAUUAAGGUGAAAUUGAAACAACGCGAAAGCGUCCCCUCGGUUUCUUCGAAACUCUGUUGCGAUACGAUCGAUCGACUUUAAGAUUUGCGCUCGGCGCGAUACAAGCGGCCCAGGUAUCCCGGUGCGCGAAUCGCGAUAACAUUACAUAAUGCACGAUUACGUUCCGUAACUUCUCGGUUGCUUGUACAUACACGCCCGGAAGUUCGUUCUCCGGCGGCUUGCGAAUUCUUGGGAUGGUAAACCCGAAUUAUUUUCGGAUGCUAACUAACAGCACGCUUAGAUAGACGCACCUCUCCUGUUCGUACAUAUUUCACGCUGCGGUGGAGCGUGCGGCAACAAUAGUGAUCGAUGACAAGAUGACAAGACAUGGCAUAGCAUUCGUUUGUGAAGGCAUACAGAGAUAAAAAAAAGAACGAGUAAAUAAAUAAAUUUGAAAGAUGAAAACGAAUAGAAACAGAGCCGUAUCUAGCUUUUCAUGUGCAAAGUUGGGCAAAGCUUUAUCUUUUAGGAACUCUUUCAUUUUUUGAGAAGGAGAAAUAAUAAAAAACAAAUAUGAUAUAAUUAUUUAAUUGUUUAUAAAUAAUUUUUGUAUACACAAGAAAUGUACAAUUUUAUUCACAUUUAUUAAUGUAUAUAAAUGAAAAUUAUUUUAAUUGCAUUUUUUUAGCUUUUAUUUCAAAUUCAUUAAGUAUAUUAUCGUAAUUAAUUUUUAAAUACAGCACUGGAUCUGGCAGAUCCUGUACAAAAUUUUUAUUGCUUGCUGUGUAAAGAGGGUACGAAAUAGAAGACUCGGAUUAAGGGAGGGAAGAAGUUAAAAAUUUUCCCUAUUUCUACGGACCAGUUUCAGAGCUCAACUAGAAUUCAAACGGCAUAAAAAUACAGCUUUUUAUUGUCAUAUUUUCCUUGUUAUAUAGUUAUAAUUUUAAAAGGAAUGACAAUGCCUCAUAAAUUUUUCUUAAAGGUAUCACUCUUUAGCUUUAAAAUGUCAUAUUAUAAAGUCCUUAAUAAUGUUUUUUUGUAAAGACAUUUAAAUUUAAAUAAUUUUUAAUUUUAAUUUACUGAAAUUUCUCUUAUAUGAAACACUAUAAUAGAAACGAGAAGAGUGAGAAAUAUUUGUAGUGCAGUAUUGAUAUGACACAAUUAAUUCAAAAUUAUUAAGGAUCUGUAAAAUAAAUCAAGCAAAGUGGCAGUUUUACUGUUCUUAAUAUUAAUGUCGAAACCUCAAACUUACAAACACGCGGGCGAAAUUUAAAAUUUCAAAAUAUUAUGUUGCAAAUUAUUUUUAUCAAUUUGAUUUGAGCUUUCUUCCCUUCUUCCUUCAUUCUGAGCCCUGUGCCUGCGAUCCCUACCUAGUUACGGCUCUGGACGUAAGGAUGAUGUAAAUCCCUGUUUUAAAAAGACCGAUAGAAAAUGACAGAAAGAGAUUUAAACUAUAUUAAAAUUUUACUUGAUUUUAUAGUAAGGUUAUCAUUUUUAAUAGGACCAUCCAGCAAAGAAGAUGACAUCACACAAUAAUUUCAAUGACGUCUUAAUGACGAUAAAGAUGUCAUUAAGAUAUUAAGAUGUUGACUUUGUGUCACUUGAUGUUGAUUUGAUGUCAUUUUGUUUGCUGGGACACUUGAGCUAUUAUAGAGAAGUUAUUAAAUUCUAUCGUUUCUUAAUAGUAUCUAAUAUCACGUAUAUUUUUCUAUACGAUUAUUUUGUUGAGUUAUCUAAUCUAAUUUGAAAAUUGCGAUUUGCUUUAUAUAUACAGAGUCCUAUCCCCAUCGAAUUUUUUAUUAAAUACAAAUUCCUGAGAUAACUUAAAAAAAAUCCUAAUAUAAAAAUGUCGAGGCUGUAAUAUUUUUCAAAUUGUAAGUGAUUAAAAUUUAUUAAUUGUAGCGGCUAAAUUUUGCAUGCUCAGACAUGACAACAGCUUACAAUGAUAAAGAUGAAAGAAGGAAACUUUUUUUUUAAUAACAGGAUUAAAAUUACUUAUGCGAUAAUAAUAAAAUUCCUUUACUAUACAUAUAAAUGCUUUGUAAGCGUUAACAGUAACAGCAAACAGUAAUUUAUAUACAUAUAUGUACAAGAAAUAUUAAGAUUAUGUAAAAAGAAUGCAAUCUAAAAUAAAAGAAUUAUAUAAUACAUUAUAAGUACAUGAAUUAAAAAUAUGACAAAAUAAUAUCAAUUUGACAAAACAACAACAGUCAGAUACUUAUGGAUGAUAAAUCUGGAUUACUAAAUUAUAUGCUGAAUAACAAAAAAAGAUAACACAUCUGAUCUUUACGAAUUCAAAGCACGAUAAGAUUAUAUAUUUUUUUUCUUAUUUGAUUCUAUCGGAUUUUUUAAGAUCUUUAAGGGAUGUGAUUAAAAUUACAUCAAAAGAGUAGAGUUACUUCAAUAACGACGUCAUUUUGCACGACAGAACAACUAGAUACUUUCGGCACCGCUGAUAAACCAUACAUAUCCAUGUGCUUACACAAUGCACGUAGCUCGUCUUCUUCCUCUCCCUAAUUAAAACACAUACAUAUAUUUUUUCAAUGUGACUUGUCCUAUAUAUCCCAUAUGUAUAACCGUAUAGCCUGUAUUAAACUUAUUUAUACGUACACGUGUAAUCGUGUAAAAACGUGCGCGUACACUAUACGUUUAUUGUCUAUAAACCGCAGGCUGUAUUUCGCACGUGUGUAUGUACUUCGGAGACAAUAUGUACGUAGUAUAUUGAUGAGACAGAUCCGGAUAGCGUAUAUACCUGUAAGAAUUUUUUCUUUCGUUGUUAUCGUACGCAGGAUGUUAACAAUAAUAAUAACAUCGACGGUAACAAUAACAGAUAAUGAUAACAAUAGUAGUAUAUAAUUUAGCACACACGCAGUCGGUUCAUGGCGAUGAUCCCAAACGGACAAUGCAUACAAUAAAAUUUGUGAUAAACGGGAAUUGGACAUUUGUCUUGCGAUCGCAAAAAAAAAGAAAAAGAUUCGUGACCUUCUCGAAAAAUUUUAUAACGUAUACGCGCCCCCAGAAUAUGUGAUCUAAUGUUGCGACGCCGGUCCAACGUAUUCGAUUUAUCUCUGACUUCCAAUUUCGACCCUCCGAGGAGGUAAAUGAUGUCAUUUAAUCAAUCGCGUCGGGAAGGAGCAGAUUAAACGUGGCUUGCUUUUUUGUCGGGUUCGUCCGACAAAAAGCGAGGCAAAUCGCAGUUGUUUGCGGCGAAAAAUUACGAGGUACACAAAUAUCACGUUUGACGUCGAUUGAUUCCACCGGUAUAAAAUCUGCCACUUAAACGAAUUGAAACUUUGAAUCGUUAUUUAUAUCAUAUUGAAAAACAAAGGUGAAAUAUCCUUUAUUAAAAUUAAAAUUCAGCAUAUUUAUAUAGAAAAUUUUUAAUAUAAGAUAUUACAUACGGAAUGUUACAUACGAUGGGCACAUAUUUUAUAUCCCGCGGUAGAUAUCCAAUUAUUCGCAUAAAAAAAGAGAACGUAGUCUCGUGCAUAGGGCAUCUUAAAACAGAUAAAUAAAAUAAAUAUUAAAAAUUAGGAAUAUUUUUAAUUAUUUUGGCAAAGAAAGAAUAAAAUUUAUCCUUGAGUCUAUAAUGUCAAUUUUAUUUUUGCAAAAUUUAACAUAAUUUUUUUAUUUCUUGAACUUUUUUUAGCAUUGAAUAUUAGAAAUACGCGGUACGAUUAAAGACUAUUAUUAUAAGAUGUAUCACAAAAUAUUUCUCGGAGAUUUCAUUCUUUCAAUUAAGGAAAAUAAAAAACUAAAAAAAGAGAGAAAGAGAGAGAGAGAGAGAGAGAGAGAGAGAGAGAGAGAGUCGUGUUACUCACGUACUUUUUCGAGAUUACACCCAAGAAGGCAUCAGAAACAUUAUUGUUCUACAACACUAAGAAUACAUUAAAUGACAAACACUUUUAUGAAUCGAACGUUAUGACCGGUUUUUGAAUGCAGUUACGAACAAAUCGAGUAGUUGUACUUGUGCGCUCUUUGUACAAAUACCCCGUAACGUGAUCAUAUCAAUGUAACUUAGAUUUACUUAUAAUAUAUACGUACAUUAUACAGCUAUACAUACUGGACGCGCAAUGUUAAGAAACAGCUCUUGUAUGUUAAAUAAAUCAAGAUUAAAUAAAAUUGUUGAUAUAUGAUGUUGUAAUCGGACAUUCGAUGCAAACGCGAGGAGUUUCGUCAUCUUUUCUUUUUCUUCUGUGGAAUUAUUGUACGUCGCCGUAUCACUAAUAAAAAUAAAUAUAAUACGGCUUUCUUAUCAAA